AUGCAAGCUCAGCAAGGAUGGGGUACCACUCCUGCCGCCACGCUCCCUUUUUUCGAGGCUGCUCUCGCGCGAUCGCGUGGUGGUGUCGCCCCCGCGCCUCCAGCACCAUCCUACCUCCCUCCCCCAGACCCCAACCACCCCGACAUCGCUGUCGGCUUCACCAGGCAUCAGUCCACGCGUCAGGGCUGGUACGGUCGGUCCCGAUCGCCUUCGCCAGAAGCCCAGACACGCUCCUGGACCAACCCCGUCGACGACGUCGAGAAAGGCCUAUUGGCGGAGGAUCAGUAUGCCCCAUACCACUCGCCAUACCUCCCACUCGACGGAAAAGAUGUCGAUCUAGCCCUUCCUCCCUUCCAAGGCGAAAUCUCUCCGCCUCGUUUACUCUCAGCUCUGCCUUCCAUCCACCGCAAAGCUGGCUCGGUCGAUUAUGAUCCAGAGGGCGACCUGGCCGGAGGGGUCACGCAACACUUUGGGCCCGCACCGACCGGUCGGAUCAGCCGAAGAACUCACAAUGCUGCCGGUCACAGGCGCAUCAAACAUACCGCCACUCUUGACGACAAUGGAUUCUUUGCAGUGGACAUGCCCAUCCCGACCCGGUUGGCGCAGUUUCUCCCGAUCAAGGGUGUUGCCGAGCAGGAAACCACUCGGUACACCGCCGUCACGACCGACCCAGAUGACUUUUCAACGUCCGGCUUGAAGCUGAGACAGAAUCUGUGUCAUCCGCCCAGGCAGACGGAGCUGUUUAUCGUCAUCACCAUGUAUAACGAGGAUGCAGAAUUGUUCUGUCGCACGCUGUAUGGAGUCAUGCGCAAUAUUGCCCAUCUCUGCGGACGAAAAAAUUCGAGAGUGUGGGGCAAGGACGGAUGGCAAAAGGUGGUGGUCUGUAUCGUCCAAGACGGUCGCAUGAUUGUCAAUCCUCGCGUGCUGGACUGCCUGGCUGCGUUGGGAGUGUAUCAAGAAGGCGCCAUGACCAACAGUGUCAAGGGCAAGCCGGUCACCGCGCAUGUCUUUGAGUACACGACGAGCUUUGCACUGGACGGCGACUUGCACUUCAAGUACCCAGACAAGGGCAUCGUCCCUUGUCAAAUCAUCUUCUGCAUGAAGGAGAAGAAUGCCAAGAAGAUCAAUUCGCACCGCUGGUUCUUUAAUGCGUUUGCGCCGCUGUUAUCGCCCAACGUGUGCAUACUGCUCGACGUUGGCACCAAGCCAGAGACCAAGUCUCUGUACCAUCUGUGGAAGGCGUUCGACUUGAAUUCAAAGGUCGGGGGCGCGUGUGGCGAAAUUGCGACAUUCAAGGGAAAGACCUGGAGGGGGCUGCUUAAUCCACUUGGUGAGUCUGGGUGUGGCUGUGCUGACGUAGUCGCCGCGCAGUGCUUUGAGUACAAGAUGUCCAAUAUUCUCGACAAGCCGAUGGAGUCGCUGUUUGGGUACUGUACCGUGCUACCUGGGGCGUUCUCGGCGUAUCGAUGGAUUGCUCUCCAGAACAAUGCGGAUGGCAAGGGGCCACUGGCGUCUUACUUUCAGGGCGAAGAGCUCAAUACCGGCAAGGCAGAUUCGUUUACGGGCAAUAUGUAUCUCGCCGAAGACCGAAUUCUUUGCUUUGAGAUAGUUGCCAAGGCCAAAGCCAAUUGGGUCCUGAAAUUCGUCAAAUCUGCUGUUGGCGAGACGGAUUGCCCAGACACUAUACCCGAGUUUAUCGCACAAAGAAGACGAUGGCUGAAUGGCUCCUUUUUCGCCGCGGUGUACUCGCUCAUUCACGUCGGUCAGAUCUGGCGAUCCGAUCAUUCCUUCCUGCGCAAGGUGGCGUUGAUGGUGGAGUCGCUGUAUAAUGCGAUCAAUCUGAUCUUCACAUGGCUAUCCCUCGCCAAUUACUACAUCUUCUUUGUCAUCCUGACAAGUUCUAUUGAGAGCCCGGUGUUUGGCAUCCCCAAUAUCAAGGUCUUGAAUACGUUUGCUCAGUAUGGCUACCUGGGCGCACUCGUGGCUUGCUUUAUCUUUGGCAUGGGGAACCGUCCCCAGGGUGCGCCUUGGAAGUACAAGGGGACCAUCUAUCUCUUUGCACUCCUGACCACCUACAUGCUUGGGUGCGCAGUCCUCUGUGCCAUACAGGCAAUCAAGAACUUUGACAGUCCCAUCUUUGUCCAGAUGAUCGUUUCGCUGCUUUCGACUUAUGGGGUCUUUAUCGCUUCGAGUCUACUCGCGCUGGAUCCUUGGCAUCUGGUGACCUGCUUUGCUCAAUACAUCUUGUUCUCUCCAACGUAUAUUAAUGUGUUGAAUGUCUACGCCUAUAGCAAUCUCCAUGAUCUCUCCUGGGGGACCAAAGGCUCGGAUACUGUCCAGGCGGUCGACCUCGGCGCCAUCCAGGGGGUCGGUAAGCAUGUCGAGGUCGAGCUUGUCUCGGCGCAGCAGGACAUCGACAUUGUUUAUCAGGACGCACUCGACAACAUCCGGCUCAAGCGUGCCAAAGUGGAUGAAGAGGAGAAGCCAGCGCGGACCGAGGUCUCGGAGCAGCAGCAGAAGGAUAUCUACGCAAACUUUAGAACAAAUCUUUUGCUGUUGUGGUCGCUAUCCAACGCGGCUCUUGCCAGUGCCAUACUGGCCGGACGCGAUGCUUCUGCGACCUUUGAGGGGAAGGGUGAUUCGCGGACGGGGAUCUACAUGAUGAUUGUGCUCGUUUUCGUUGCAGGAAUGGCGAUUUUCAGGUUUAUCUGCUCGACCUUGUAUCUUGUCGUUAGAUUGUUUGCAGGAUAG